AUGAAUUCAUUUAAUAAUAUUAUCAACAAAUAUAAUAAUAAUGAAAAAGAACAAUCAUCUAUUAAUUCAAAUGAAUUUUCGAUGAUUAUACCAUAUGAUCUAUUUUCACCAUUUCAACUACGCACUCCAUCUACCGAAUAUCUUUUACGGAAACAAUCCAUGCCAUCAUACACAUACAAACAACAGAAGACAUACGAUUGUAAAUCAAUAUCAUUCAAUGAUGAUGCACUAUUAAUAAAUACAGAACAUCAAGGAUCAACAACUCAUUUUUGCGCAUAA